UUUCUUUUUACUAAUUAAUCAUAGAAAGAAAGAAAGAAAGAAGGGAUAUAUGGGGCACCAUUCAUGCUGUAAUCAACAAAAGGUUAAGAGAGGACUUUGGUCCCCAGAAGAAGAUGAAAAGCUCAUCAGAUAUAUUACUUCUCAUGGUUAUGGCUGUUGGAGUGAAGUCCCUGAAAAAGCUGGGCUUCAAAGAUGUGGAAAAAGUUGUCGUUUGAGAUGGAUCAAUUAUUUGAGGCCUGAUAUUAGAAGAGGAAGAUUUACCCCAGAAGAGGAAAAGUUGAUUAUCAGUCUACAUGGAGCUGUAGGCAACAGGUGGGCACAUAUAGCAAGCCAUUUACCUGGAAGAACAGAUAACGAGAUAAAAAAUUACUGGAACUCAUGGAUAAAAAAGAAGUUGAAAAAACCUUCAAAGCCAUCAACAAACACAACUUCUAUUACUGAUCAUCAUCACCAGCAGCAACAUCAAAGAUCCCAAUUGGCAAAUUAUACUACAAUUACAAGCCAACAAGAUAUAUUUUUCACUCAAGAUCUUGGAACAAAAUCUCAAGUACUCUACCAAGAUUCUACCCUAUUCAAUUCUCCAAACCAAUUAUUAUAUUUCGAUGGUGGUUCACUCGACUCUUUGACAAAUGUUAUUAUUAACGAUGCCACGAAUCGAAGUACUACUAAUAACACCUCAUUAUUUCAAGAAACAUCGAUAUUGAACUCAGAGUUUUGCUGGCAAGUCGAUCAACAACAAGAAGAGCUUCAAAUACAGACAUCGUCGUACGCGAUAGAAAUGGAUUCAAAUUAUUUGCCACCGUUGAUAGAGAGUAUGGUACCACCUAUGGAAAUACCUCGUAAUAAUAAUAAUAAUAACAAUAAUAUAAUGUUGGAAAGACAAGAAAAUAAUAAUGAAUUGAAUGAAUGGAGUCGUCAAGUGGACACACAACAAUGUUGUCCAAGUUAUCUAUUUUGGGAUCAAGAAAAUGGAUCAAUGGGUGGGAAUCAUGAGAUUAUAGAUCCAAGUACAUCAAACAAUAUGGGACAAAUUUUAUCUUCUUUUCCUUCUUCUCUAUGAUGAUUGAAGAUUGAUUUUUAUUUUUUAUUUUUGAUUUAUUUCGGGAGGUUUGUUAUUAAUUGAAUUGUGAAAUACAUUAGAGAGUGAAAUGAAAGCAUGUUAAUUAAAAGUAUUUCUUUGGACAUAUUCUCAAAAUUAAAAGAGAGGGAAAUAACAUUGGGUUUGAUUUAUGAGAAAUGUUUCACUUAUCCUUUAAUUCAC